GAGACUGAACUGGAGCCUGUCCACAUUAAAGAAGAGUCUGAACUGGAGCCUGUCCACAUUAAAGAAGAGAUUAAACUGGAACCUGUCUACAUUAAAGAAGAGAUUGAACUGCAGCCUGUUAACAUUAAAGAGAAAGAGACUGAAUUGCAGCCUGUCUACAUUGAAGAGUCUGACUUGUUGUUUAAAGAUUCAGAAAACAUAUCCCGGCCAAAGAUAUCGCAUCAAUGUGCUGAAUGUGGGAAGAGCUUCACUCGGUUAGGAACCCUAAAAACACACCAGCGAAUUCACACUGGAGAGAAGCCAUAUCACUGUGCUGAAUGUGGGAAGAGCUUCACUCGGUUAGGAACCCUAAAAACACACCAGCGAAUUCACACUGGAGAGAAGCCAUAUCACUGUACUGAAUGUGGGGAGUGCUUUAGUCAGUUCGGACACUUAAAAGCACACCAGCAAUUUCACACUGGAGAGAAACUGUAUCACUGUACUAAAUGUGGGGAGAGCUUCAGUCGGUUAGGAAACCUAAAAACACACCAGCGAAUUCACACUGGAGAGAAGCCAUAUCACUGUUCUGAUUGUGGGCAGAGUUUCAGUCGGUUAGGAAACCUAAAAACACAUCAGCGAAUUCACACUGGAGAGAAGCCAUAUCACUGUUCUGAAUGUGGGGAGAGCUUCAGUCGGUUAGGAAGCCUGAAAAGACACCAACGACUUCACACAGGGGCCUCCCUCUCAGUCCCUCACCUCUCCACCCUGCUUGUUUGUGUAUGUGGAGAGCUGUCUGAUUCCUUGUCUCUCUCUAACCCUGCAGUAAAUGAAGGGGUUCCCCAGGAGUGAGAGCCAGCCUGAAUCCAGAGACACUGAGAAGGGGAGCAGGUCAAACUGAAGGGGACAGACCCAUUCUUUCAGAAUUAACUGGAGAGCCCUGGGAUUCAGCUCCACUCCUGCCUCUGAAUUGGAAAUUAAUCUCACUCAUCAUGCUGUGAGGAUUGAGGACGGAGUUACAGGUCAUUCUACUUAGAAGAGACACAUUGGAAAUACAUGCCAAGCUUUUUCACUGAACACUUGUAUGUGUGAUAUGAACCCAAUACGUUAAAUAAAGCUGCCAAAAACGUAUAUGAUGUUGUGAGGCGAGAGUGUAUUAAAUGGAAUGUCCAGACAGUAAUUUAUGUGUACAGAAAUAAAGUAAUUUAUUUUUAU